CCCAAAUAACACACAAGCGAGAACAAAAAGCAGAUAACAAAAGCACAACCAAAAAAAUGAGGAUUUUGGCACUAAUUUCCCUCUCUCUCCUCUCCAUAAUAGGAGCCUCGGCACAACAAGAUAUCAGCUCUCUUAUCAGCAAAGCCGUGUUUGAGAAUAUGUUGAAGCAUAGGAACGACGCGGCUUGUCAAGGGAAAGGGUUUUACACUUACGAGGCGUUCAUCGCUGCUGCAAAGUCGUUUGGUGGUUUUGGAACUACCGGGGAUGAUGCUACCAAGAAGAGAGAGAUUGCUGCGUUUUUGGCUCAAACUUCCCAUGAAACUACUGGUGGGUGGCCAACAGCUCCGGACGGACCAUAUGCAUGGGGAUACUGUUUUGUUACGGAACAAGGAAACCCCCCGGAUUAUUGUGUUGCAAAUCAACAAUACCCUUGUGCUGCUGGGAAGAAGUACUUCGGCCGUGGUCCCAUCCAAAUUUCAUACAAUUACAACUAUGGUCCAGCUGGAAGAGCCAUAGGAAGCAAUCUACUAGCCAACCCAGAUUUGGUCGCAACCGACCCCACCAUUUCUUUCAAAACAGCCCUCUGGUUCUGGAUGACCCCACAAUCCCCGAAACCCUCCAGCCACGAUGUCAUCACCGGCCGAUGGACCCCGUCAGCCGCUGAUUCGGCAGCAGGUCGGGUCCCGGGGUACGGUGUCAUUACCAACAUAAUCAACGGCGGGAUCGAGUGUGGGAAAGGAUCUACUCCCCAACAGGAGGAUCGGAUCGGGUUUUUUAAGCGAUACACUGGUAUCAUGGGAGUUGGUACUGGAAAUAAUCUUGACUGCAAUAACCAAAGGCCUUUUGCGUAAGACCCAAUAAUAUUGCGGAAAACUAUUCCGUGAGAUACAAUAAUAUUGUAGGUUCCAACUAUAUGGGCCCUACAUAAUAUUGUGAAAUGACGAAAUAAUGCCGCAGUUGUACUGAAUAAUUCUCAAUACAUAGUAAUCCCCUUUUUUUUCUUUGAGAUAAAUUGCGGCCGAUAUACAAAUAAAUAAAAUAAGAGAAUUAUAAUUCUCUUCUUUUGAACACGAAUGUGAUGCUUCGCUGAAUAAAGAUGUAGAAUAUUUCAAAAUAA